AUGGGAAGUUAUAUAAAGGAGUUUCCGGAGGUGAAGUCGAAGAAUUCGUCGGAGGAGUCGUUACAGAGGUGGAGGACGGCGUGCUGGCUGGUCAAAAAUCGUAAACGAAGGUUCAGAUUUACUGCUAACCUCUCCAAGCGUUUUGAAGUUCGCGAGAUCCAAAAAUCUAACCAGGAGAAGCUUAGAAUUGCUCUAUUAGUUUCACAAGCUGCCCUCAAUUUUAUUCAAGGUAUAAAUUACAGAGUGCCAGAGGCAGUCAAGAGUGGAGGUUUUGAAAUAUGUGCAGAUGAGUUAGGAUCUAUUGUUGAAGGCCACAAUUUGAGUAAGUUAAGAGUUCAUGGGGGGGUUGAGGGUAUUGCAGUCAAGCUCUCGACUUCACUUAACAAUGGAAUUAGUGUUUCCGAGGAUUCACUUAACAAAAGAAGAGAGAUUUUUGGAAUCAAUAAGUUUGCUGAGAGUCCAGCCAAGGGUUUUUGGCUUUUUGUGUGGGAAGCUCUUCAAGAUACAACCCUCAUGAUACUUGCAGUGUGUGCCCUAGUGUCUUUGAUUGUUGGCAUCGCAACAGAAGGAUGGCCAAAGGGCGCUCAUGAUGGACUCGGUAUCGUUGCUAGUAUACUUCUUGUAGUAUUUGUCACUGCCACGAGUGACUAUAAGCAGUCCUUACAGUUCAAGGAUUUAGACAAGGAGAAGAAAAAGAUUACAGUUCAGGUUACUAGAAAUGGGUACAGGCAAAAAAUUUCGAUAUUUGACCUACUUCCUGGUGACAUCGUUCAUCUUAAUAUUGGGGAUCAGGAUGGAUCAUGCAAAAUGCUUGUUACUACUGUUGGGAUGAGAACCCAAUGGGGUAAAUUGAUGGCUACACUUAGUGAAGGAGGUGAUGAUGAGACCCCAUUGCAGGUCAAACUGAAUGGAGUAGCAACAAUUAUUGGAAAAAUAGGUCUCUUUUUUGCUGUUGUCACCUUUGGUGUUCUGUUGCAAGGGUUGUUCAGCCGCAAAAUGAUAGAAGGGUCCAACUGGAACUGGUCCGGAGAUGAUGCCCUGGAAAUGCUGGAAUACUUUGCUAUUGCGGUUACCAUUGUUGUGGUUGCUGUUCCUGAGGGUUUGCCUUUAGCUGUUACACUGAGUCUUGCAUUUGCCAUGAAGAAGAUGAUGAAUGACAAGGCACUUGUUCGCCAUUUGGCAGCCUGUGAGACUAUGGGGUCUGCUACAACUAUUUGUAGUGACAAGACUGGGACGCUAACAACUAAUCACAUGACUGUUGUAAAAGCAUGCAUAUGUGGGAAGGUGAAAGAAGUUAGUAACUCUAUGAAGAGUUCUGUAUUCUGCUCUGAUAUUUCUGAUUCCAUUGUGAGAAUGCUGACGAAAUCUAUAUUCAUGAACACUGGAGGGGAGAUCGUCACUACUGAAGAUGAGAAAAUUGAAAUUCUUGGUACACCCACUGAGGCUGCACUUUUGGAUUUUGGCCUAUUCCUGGGAGGAGAUUUCCAAGCAGAGCGGCAAGCAUCAAAGCUUGUCAAAGUUGAGCCAUUUAAUUCUGUGAAGAAGCGCAUGGGUGUAGUUCUGGAGCUUCCUGGUGGAGGUUUUCAGUCUCAUUGCAAAGGUGCAUCUGAAAUUAUUUUGUCUCAUUGUAACAAAGUUCUCAACUCAAAUGGUGAGGUAGCUCCUCUAGAUGAAACAUCCAUUAAUCUUCUGAAAGACACAAUUGAACAAUUUGCAAGUGAAUCUCUCAGAACUCUGUGCCUUGCAUACAAGGAUAUUGGAUGUGAUUUUUCUGCUGAAAGUCCUAUUCCUUUUGAGGAUUAUACUCUGAUUGGAAUCGUGGGCAUCAAGGAUCCAGUUCGCCCUGGGGUUAAGGAGUCUGUUGCAAUUUGUAGGUCAGCUGGUAUUACUGUGCGGAUGGUCACCGGAGAUAACAUAAACACGGCUAAGGCAAUAGCUAGAGAAUGUGGAAUAUUGACUGAUGAUGGUAUUGCAAUAGAAGGCCCGGAAUUUCGGGUGAAAAGUGAAGAAGAGUUGCAUGAACUUAUACCGAAACUACAGGUAAUGGCUCGUUCUUCACCAAUGGAUAAGCAUACCCUUGUGAGACACUUGCGAUCCACAUUUGAAGAGGUUGUUGCAGUGACUGGUGAUGGCACAAAUGAUGCUCCUGCACUUCAUGAGGCAGAUAUUGGGCUUGCAAUGGGCAUUUCUGGAACUGAGGUGGCCAAAGAGAGUGCUGAUGUUAUAAUUCUAGAUGAUAAUUUCUCUACCAUUGUUACUGUGGCAAAAUGGGGGCGCUCAGUUUACGUGAAUAUUCAGAAAUUUGUUCAGUUUCAACUUACGGUGAAUGUGGUUGCUCUUGUUGUCAAUUUCUCUUCAGCCUGCUUGACGGGCAAUGCUCCACUAACGGCGGUUCAGCUUUUAUGGGUCAACAUGAUCAUGGAUACUCUUGGUGCACUAGCCCUGGCCACUGAACCUCCCAAUAACGACUUAAUGAAGAGAUCACCUGUUGGAAGGAAAGGAAACUUCAUCAGCAAUGUGAUGUGGCGGAACAUCUUGGCACAGUCUGCUUAUCAAUUUGUUGUCAUAUGGUAUCUUCAAACAUCAGGAAAAACAGUCUUCAACCUUGAUGGCCCUGAUUCCGAUUUGAUUCUUAACACACUAAUUUUCAACACAUUCGUUUUCUGCCAGGUUUUCAACGAAAUAAGCUCGAGGGAUAUGGAGAAGAUCAAUGUGUUCAAAGGGAUACUGGAGAACUAUAUUUUUGUGGUGGUUCUGAGUUGCACAGCUCUAUUCCAAAUCAUCAUCAUCGAAUUCCUUGGUACUUUUGCCAACACGCACCCUCUCACUUGGCAGCAAUGGGCUGUGAGCUUUCUGCUUGGAUUUCUUGGAAUGCCAAUUGCUGCUGCUGCAAAGAUGAUCCCAGUGGGAUCAAGAUGA